AGGCGGACGGCGAGCCCAGCGCUAAUGGUGGGGCGAGGGAGGCGCGGUCCGCCGCUGGCUGAUUGAUCCCAGCCGUGGCGUCGCUCAGUUGGAGCGAGAACAUUCUAGAGAUUGACUGGCGCCGCCGCUGCUGCUGAUUCCGCCCGCCCCAGGACGCUCGGACCCGGCGGCUGCGGCGCCCGCCCUCCCUCCGCCCGGAUAUAAGCGCCCCUCGGCCCUGUUCUCCUUACACACUCGGCUUCGUCGCAGCCCGGGGCGAGCAGCGUUGGGUUUAUGUCUUUAUUGGACGAAAACGAGCUGUUGCGCAGCCAUUGGUACCUGUAUUGGGGGAACAUAGCAUACAAGCAAGAACCUUACAGCCUCAGUGGCGAAAACUUUUUCAUGUCAGAGACCGAGAACUCUUGCAGUCGUUUAUGUCAUCCCGUCUUCUCCAGACAGAAGAUACCAAAAAGCUGCAAUCAAAGAUCUCUUCAUCUUAUUGAUAAAGCUACUAAUAAGACAAAAUGUCUGUCAACGUCAACCGCAGUGUUUUGGAUCAGUUCUAUCGCUACAAAAUGCCCCGUCUGAUCGCAAAGGUUGAGGGCAAAGGAAAUGGAAUAAAGACAGUUAUAGUCAACAUGGUUGACGUUGCAAAGUCGCUUAAUCGGCCUCCAACGUAUCCCACCAAAUUUUUUGGUUGUGAGCUGGGGGCACAGACCCAGUUUGAUGUUAAGAAUGACCGUUACAUUGUCAAUGGAUCUCAUGAGGCGAAUAAGCUGCAAGACAUGUUGGAUGGAUUCAUUAAAAAAUUUGUUCUCUGUCCUGAGUGUGAGAAUCCUGAAACUGAUCUGCAUGUCAAUCCCAAGAAACAAACUAUAGGUAACUCUUGCAAAGCCUGUGGCUAUCGAGGCAUGCUUGACACAAACCAUAAACUCUGCACAUUCAUUCUCAAAAACCCACCUGAGAACAGUGACGCUAGUACCGGAAAGAGAGACAAGGAAAAGAAGAACAGAAAAGGCAAGGAUAAAGAGAAUGGUUCUGUGUCUAGCAGUGAGACACCAUUGCCGCCACCACCAGAUGAACUUGACCCUCCACAUGUAGUGGAGGAUGACGAUGAUGACUGGGGUGAAGACACAACUGAAGAAGCCCAGAGGCGCAGAAUGGACGAAAUCAGUGAUCAUGCAAAGAACCUCACACUUAGUGAUGACCUAGAAAGAACAGUAGAAGAGAGAGUCAACAUAUUAUUUGACUUUGUUAAGAAAAAGAAGGAAGAAGGUGUCAUUGAGACUUCUGACAAAGAUAUUGUAGCAGAAGCAGAGAGACUGGAUGUAAAGGCUAUGGGCCCUCUAGUUUUGACUGAAGUCCUCUUUGAUGAGAAGAUUCGAGAACAGAUAAAGAGAUAUAGACGCCACUUCCUACGCUUCUGCCACAACAACAAGAAAGCUCAGCGAUACCUUCUUCAUGGCUUGGAGUGUGUGGUAGCCAUGCAUCAAUCUCAGCUUAUUUCUAAAAUUCCACAUAUCCUGAAGGAAAUGUAUGAUGCAGAUCUUCUGGAAGAAGAGGUCAUCCUUAGCUGGGCAGAAAAGGCCUCUAAGAAAUAUGUCUCAAAAGAGCUUGCUAAAGAAAUCCGCAUCAAAGCAGAACCCUUUAUCAAAUGGCUGAAGGAAGCUGAGGAAGAGUCCUCUGGUAAUGAAGAAGAGGAUGAAGAUGAAAAUAUUGAGGUGGUGUACUCCAAGACUGCCAGUGUACCUAAAGUUGAAACUGUGAAGCCUGUAAACAAGAAAGAUGAUGACAUUGAUAUUGAUGCCAUUUAAAAGUGAUGUAACCAGCUUCCAGUGUAAUACUGCAAACUGCUCUGCAGCUUUCUUCCAGAAGCGCAACAUGUACAUGUGCAAGCUGAAAUGGCUUAACAUCAUGCUACUUCAUACUCCAAAUGUCUUUUUACUGUGACUGGUCUUGUUUAACUAUAAACCAAACAAAGCAGUCAUGCAUCAGUGAACUGAUCUAGUUUGUUAAUGGCAUGUUUUCCUUUUAAAGGUUGUGUUGGACACAUGUUUGGAACACAUUUAUACAGCUGUGGGAAUAAAGGAUUUGGUUUUGGUCAACCUGAGAGUCAGGGCCAUCACUAUACAGUUAUGGCCAUUUUGAAAUGAGACUGGUUUAACAUGUCUAGUUGCUAGCAAUUUGACAUGGAGAGCAGUGGUAUUCUUGUCCUGCCUAGAAGAUGCUAAAGCUGCUGUGAGGAAAUACUGAUCCCUGGUGGAGAUUCCAAUAAUGCAGGCUUUUUUUUUUAACUUUUGACUCUCUAGCAAGCUCAAAGAGCAGCAAGAGCCACUAGUGACUGGGUCUCAACUGGCAGACAAAUCUAGCCUAGCAUUCAUGCUCUCAUAGGGCUAAGACUUGAUUUUUGUUUUGUUCUUUUUAAAAAAAGUGUCUGUCCAUAUUUGGCCAACAUCCACUUCUCAGCUGUGACUGCUUCAGCCUACCUUUGAUAAGCAGCUCUGAACUUGCAAGAGAAAGAACAAGACUUGCUCCAAAACUUGUCUGUCUUCCAGUCUAGUGUCCAGGAGUUAAGUGUAAAUUAUCACAUUUAUUAAGUGAGUUGUUCUUACUACCCCUAUGAUU